AACUGCACCCAGGGCGCCAAUUACUACUGGGAUUAUUUGGGUCUUUUUCUGCCACAGCCUUUCAAUUUCAAUUUGUAGAUCUUUGUAUUUGGUGAUUUUUUUCUAUUUCUUUUUCUUCUAUUCUGCUAUCCCCUGGUAUUGCUAUGUCGAUUAUUUUCACUUGUUUUUCUUUCUUCUCGACUACAGUUAUAUCUGAUGUAUUGUGUGGCAGAUGUUUGUCUGUUUGUAGUCGGAAGUCCCAUAAUAUUUUUACAUCUUCAUUUUCUUCAACUUUUUCAAUUUUAUGGUCCCACCAAUUCUUGGCUACAGGUAGCUUGUAUUUUUUGCAGAUGUUCCAGUGUAUCAUUAUCAUCAUCAUCAUCAUUAUUAUUAUUAUUAUUAUUAUUAUUGACUUUUAUAUCCCGCUCUUCCUCCAAGGAGCCCAGAGCGGUGUACUACAUACUUGAGUUUCUCUUUCACGACAACCCUGUGAAGUAGGUUAGGCUGAGAGAGAAGUGACUGGCCCAGAGUCACCCAGCUAGUUUCAUGGCUGAAUGGGGAUUUGAACUUUUAAAAUGAUGCCUAGGGAAUCGCUGACAGGUCCUAGUCCAGCACUCUAACCACUACACCAUGCUGGCUCUCUGGUGACAUGUUGACAUCUGACAAAGAUGUGUGGACAUGUGUAUUAACUGUGAAAGGGUUGACUUAACACAUGGCGGUGGGGACAACUUGGAUGUGGAAAGUGCUUAUCAAAAUCUACCUUCUAAGACUCUCUUUUAAAAUAUAAAUAUAUAUGUAUGUACGUAUAUGUACACUGCUCCAAACCUAUGUCUCUGGGCAGUUCACAACCACAUAAAGCAAAUAAAAGCAUUAACACAAUUUAAAGCCACAAUUCUAGUUAAAAAGCUUGGGUGAAUAAAAGUGUCUUUAGAAACUUUUAAAAAGUGAUGGGGAGGCUCUUGUUUCAUCAGGAAGCGCAUUCCAAAGUCUCAGGGCAGCAAAAGAGAAGGCCCACCCCUGAUUGGCCACCAGAUGAGUGGCUAACAAUGUGUUGCAUUCAAUAACAUUACAGAACAACGAACAAGGUUUAACCAUGUCAAGUGUUCCCCACCUAACCCCAGCACUUAUGGAAAGGGGAGCUUUCAGUGGGGCAACCUGAACUACCAGUCAUGGUGAUGGUGGUGAAAAGAGGAGCUGCAGAGAGCAUCAGGUUUACCCCAACAGUAGACCUGGAGUUGGAGAUCUUCAGUUGACACUAGUCUCCUUUCUCCUCUUUGGCUCUCCAUGCGAGCCAGAGACAAAUGGAUGCAAUCACAAGUGCCAGCCUCAAGAGGAAGUUUGAUGAUGUGGACGUGGGCUCACCCGUCUCCAACUCGGAUGAUGAGAUCUCCAACAGUGACAGUGCAGACAGCUGUGACAGUGUCAAUCCUCCCAGCUCUACUGGCUUCAUACCAACCUCCAUCCUGAAAAGGCAGAAACAGCUGCGCAGGAAGAACGUGCGCUUUGACCAAGUGACUGUGUACUACUUUGCAAGGCGUCAGGGGUUUACAAGUGUGCCCAGCCAAGGGGGCAGCUCCUUGGGCAUGGCCCAACGCCACAACUCCGUCCGCAGGUACACCCUUGGGGAGUUUGCCCAGGAGCAGGAAGUGAAUCACCGCGAGAUCCUCCGAGAGCACCUGAAGGAGGAGAAGCUCCAUGCCAAGAAAAUGAAGCUGACAAAGAACGGCACCGUUGAGUCGGAGGAAGCGGAUGGCUUGACCCUGGAGGACGUCUCCGAUGAUGACCUUGAUGUCGAGAACGUGGAGGUGGAUGAUUACUUCUUCCUGCAGCCCCUGCCCACCAAGCGGCGCCGCGCCCUGCUUCGGGCCUCCGGAGUGCAUCGCAUCGAUGCGGAGGAGAAACAAGAGCUGCGCGCCAUCCGCCUGUCACGGGAGGAAUGUGGCUGUGACUGCCGGCUGUACUGUGAUCCCGAGGCCUGUGCCUGUAGCCAGGCUGGAAUUAAAUGCCAGGUGGACCGGAUGUCCUUCCCCUGCGGCUGUUCCAGGGAUGGCUGUGGGAACAUGGCGGGGCGGAUUGAAUUCAACCCCAUCCGGGUGCGGACUCACUACCUCCACACCAUUAUGAAACUAGAGCUGGAGAACAAGCGGCAGGUGAGCCGGGCCCAGACUCUGGAUGAAGAGACUCCUCCUGGCUCCAGCAGCGACUGGCUGGGAACCCAGGCCCCGGAGACGCAGGACUUCCAGGCGUUUGUGGCUGAGAACGAAACGGCGGUCAUGCACCUCCAGACGGCUGAGGAGCUGGAGCGACUGAAGGCCGAAGAAGACUCCAGCAGCGGCUCCAGCCUGGAAAGCCUUGGCGUGUGCAUUGUGGAGGAGCCCCUGGCGGUCCCCGAGGGCCUGUGCCCGAGCCUGGCCACCCCCAUCCUCAUCCAAGCCCAGCUGCCUCCGGGUUCCUCCGUCCUGUGCUUUACGGACAGCUCUGAGCAAGCCAGCUCAGCCGAGGGCGACCAGCCCUACUUGAACAACGGGCCGGUGGUGUACUACCAGGUCGACCAAAGGUCGGUGCUGGGAGUCAAGGGGGAGAGUAGCGUGGAGGAUCCGGAGAUGCCCUCGCAUUACGCGGAGGAGAAGGAGCUGAGUGUCUACUCUGUCCCUGUGAGUUCCCUGGUGCCUUGUGGCAGAGCCUCGGGCCGGGCAGAGGCAGGGAAGGACCCUCUGGCCCUGGAGCCCCUUCUGUCUGAAAGCUGUCAGUCCGAAGUCGCCCCGCCAAUCCACACAAAUGUGCCACAGGACAGUUUGCGGCCUCCGGGUGUGGGGCCACCCCCAGAAAGAGCUGGUGAGCAGCCCUCCUCGGAGGAAUGCUCUCUGGGACCAGCCCUGGCUGUGUGACACAUCUCGACCCAUUAGAGCUCUUAUCCCCAUGUCUAUUUAUUGACAGAGAUUUUAUCGAUUGGCUACAGCCACGGGGGGUUAUGUAAUGGUGGGGGUUGGGUGGAAAAGAAGGGGCCUGCUUUCUACAGGCGCAUUCUCCCGUGGACUGCACCGAGCGCUUGCGGCUGCCUCGAGUGAGAGGUUCCCUCUACAGACAGGGUAGGUGGGUGGGUGGGCAGCCUCUGAACGCUGGAGCAGCUGAACCACAUACAGGGACGAAGGGGCCAGCUCAGCAGUGCUGCUGUGGGGGAGGCUCCUUGCCCCACUUCCUGCAAGGACCAAACGUGAAUGUGUGUCAUGUUAAGCAAUAGAGCGACACUGCCUCUUCUCCUAAAACGGAUAGAUUGAGGGGUGGGGGUGGGGCGGAAGGGAGCGAUACUGUAUGAUAUCGAGGAGUCUGUACGUGCAGUGGAGUCUCUCUCCAUCCGGCUUCUCAUCCCAGGUGGAGCUGCUGCCACCCAUCCCAUUCUCUCAUCAUCUUCUUCUUCAGUGCGGUGUCUUUUUUGGAAAGUGACCUCACCCGCUUGGACCGCUCCGCCCAGUCGCACAGCCUAAGCUCUGUGGUCUUUUAUUUAUGUGACAUUUGCUCCCUUUAUUUCUCUGGAGGAACUUUUAAAAGAGAGAGAGAGAAGUAUGAAUUAACUUUGACCCCAACUGGUCACAUCUACAGUUUGGCAUGCAACUGUCGUACAGAACCAUUUUCAUCCUGGAGCCUCCUGUCCUGACCUGUAGCUUCAUCCAAACCGAGCCACGCUCCAUCUUGCUGGCCCUUAUGGAAGCUGGUGGGAUCAAUCUGUGUGUGUGUGUGUGUGUGUGUGUGUGUGUUUUUAAGCGUGCUGAAUGUUCACUGGAACAUCCUGUGACCGGUUGCUGACACUCCAGUCCGUGUUCCGAGCUAAGGUCUGCUGCCUCUGAUUAAAUCCUUUGUGGGAUCUGGUUAUUUGAACAAUGACUGCAUGGGGCGGAGCACGGGAGCGAUUUGCACCUCUAUGGGGGGUGCAAAUCUCUAAGAAACUGAAAUGUGGGGUAGAGGAGGCUUAUAUAAAAUGCCUUUCCGUCUGCCCUAUGGUUUUGCUCAUCGUUUCCUUUACUUCUCUCCCCACCCUGCCACCUGAACCCCAAAAAAUACUGCUUUCAUGUUGCACAAGAGUUUGGAGCUGACUUCUUGAAGGCUUUCUCCUCUCAUGCUAGCAAGCCAGUACAAUCUAGAUGAGUUUUUGAGGGCAAGAGGCCUAUACACAGUGGAAUGGGCACCUGCAGGGGUCCGGGGUCGGAGCACAAAAUUCAGCCCCUCCCAGGAGGGUUGUAGUGGUGCAAUAGGGUGGUAGUGGAGAAGACUCCCAUGUUGUGUGCAUUGGUGGAGGCAUGCAGUAGCUGCUCCAACUGAGUCCUGGAAUGGAGGGGAGAAAGGUGGGCUGUCCUCAGAGCUGCCAUGCCUACCCCCCCCCGCCCCACAUCACGCAUGUCUUCCUGACCGCUUCCCUCCCUGCAGGAUAACAAAUGCACUUUUCUCCUCAAGCCCCCUGGGCAUCCUUCUCGUCCGCCCCCCACUUUCCUUUUGCAGUAAACAGAUCAUUAUUGCCUCCCUCUGCAAUUACAUGUUUUGGUCCAGCUGAAGCUGGGCCUUUUGCCAUGAAUUCUCCACGGUGUACCUCUGCCUCGAGCAGGACCUAGUAAAACCACCCAGCAGGCAUUCCCCACUUUGAACUUUCCUUCUCCAGCUUGCUCGAGACCUCCCUGACCCUGUAUGAACCCUUCUGAACCCUUCUCUCCCAUCCAUUCCACAUUCCUUUAGGGGUUCCCCACGCAGUGAAAGGCUGCUGCACUUAUAUUUAUUUCAGGGGAAGGGGGAGAUGUAAGCAGUUAAUAGAUGCACAGUUUUGCAGGGGAUGCAUGUGUUUCUCCUUGGGAAGCCGCUUCUUCCCAAAUGGGCACAGUUGACUCCCUGAGCUCUUAGGAGCGGAGUCUUCUGAGCAUCUGGCAACUUUAGAUGCUGGUUGUGGGGGGAAAGAAGAGUUGAAGAACAACUCCUGCAGCCACUCUCUCGUUUUACCUGUAAAAGGUACUCGGGGCUGGCGAUAGGAUCCAAGCCAUGCUAGGAACAGCUGAGGCUAGCUCAUCUCUUUGCCUCCCCCUCUGGUCUAAUGAUAAAUGGUAACGAAGGAAUUUUUCCAACCCAUCUAAAAAAACCCUGACCUUCAGAGAUGGCUCUUACUCCCAAGAAGAUAAAGUUAAUGGAAACACUGCUGUUCUGUAAAUGACCACAGAGAGAGGAGGGGAUCUGUUUCUCUGAUGGUGUAUCUUUCCCACGAUAUUAUCGCACCCUGUGGAAGCCUCACAUUACUGUGUGUUGUUGGGUCUUCAGAACAGAUGGUGGGUAUCUUAAACUCUUAAAAGGUAUCAGUACUUAGAUUCCUCCUUGACUUUUCCUCUUAUUCUCUCAAAGCUCCUCUUGUGCUGUUCUGGCUGCACAGAACCCCAGAGCCACCUCCUGUGGCAGUGGAAGGUUUAGAAAAGGUGUCCCAUGUGUUGAGGAGGCAGACAUCUCCUUUCUGCAAUGGUUUUAGGGUCAGUGGAGCAGACAGAGGGAAGGGGACCUAGAGCAUGUUCAAUCGGUAGAGCCUUAAAAAUUUGUCCGUUUCCUGCCUUGAGAAGCGAAGGGUUAGAGUUAGGGUUAGAGUUAGGGUUAGGGUCUGCCCUCAGAGAUAUUACUGUGUGACCACCCUGGGCUUCGGGAUUGAGAGGGGCACUGGUGACACUACUAACUAUCCUUGCCCGUUUCCAUCCUGGUGGCUUACAAAAUAAAUGGUGCUAUUAAAACAAGCUGGCUUGAUUUUCAAAGGCAGCAGUUUCCAGAUGUGACCCUCUCAGGAGGAUGUCUGCCUAGAGCAGGGCUACUCAGCUGUAGCCCUCCAGCUGUUUGGGGGGGGGGCUAAGCUCCCAGCAUCCCCAGCCACCUUGGCCAAUUGUCCGAGAUUGCGGGAGUUGUAGGCCAACGUCUGCAGGAGGGCCGAAAUUGAGUAGCCCUGGUCUAGAGUACUUGAGCUGAAGCCAGGUAUUCCAGCAGUGCCAGAAGGGAUGCACCACCUGUAGGAGGCUGUUCUUCUAGGCGAGGGCUUCCCAAAUGCCCUUGGGGCUAGGGAUGGGGGGAGUUGUAGCUGCAAACCAUCUGGGGACCCAAGGUUGGGGAGGCUCUUCUAGGCCAAAGGUGCAAAGGAUGGCUCUUGAAGGCAAUAGGAGUGAAAUCUCUCUCUGUAUCUUCUUCCAAGAGCACAGAGUGGGAUGUGUCCAUGCAACCCGUCCAGUCUCCAUGAUUCAUAGCUUUUCCAUGCAGCUCCCAGCGGACAGAUGUAGGGAACCAGCAGGCUUCCUGCUGUUGUUUAAGGGCAAAAAUUAUGCAGCUUCAUGUUGCUAGCUGGCCAUUGCAUCACUGAACCAGGAGCCAUAGGCAGCUGUGGUAUAGAUGUCCUCUCCAGGGGUGUUUAAAUAGGCUGCCCCUGAAGCCUGUUCCCUUGUUUUUUAUUGCCUCUAACACUGUGGCAUAUUUGCCUCUUCAUGAGAAGCAGCCUCAAAGGGAAGAUGCUUCAGUAGGGCUCGCUUCAACUUUUACAGAUCUGACAAGAGAACUCUUCUGCUGAGUGCUUUAGCUGCUGAAGCCCUUGGCCACUUCCCAGUAAUGACAGACUGACUGCUGGAAUAUGCUUUCUGCAAACAGAAGCAACUACACCUUUGAAAUAGUGGCGCUUCAUGGUUUUCUUUUUUUUAACGAAGGAACUCUCUUGACUAACAUUCCAAGUUGCAAAGAUUGUAGGAAUAGGUUAAUUGAACCUAACUUAAUCCAAUUUGUAUUCUGACCCACUGGUAUGCAGUCCUCCCAGUGGACAACAGGCAGAAGACUCUAGUAGCAUCUGAACUGUUGGAUACUGGCUGUAUGCCAUAAUUGCCUCCCUGAGCCAUCAAGGCCUAUCUGCUGAUCUUUUGUGCCUCUGAACUUGGAGAAAUAAAGCAGCACUUAGCUUUGAGGGAAAGAUGAAGCGUAAAUGGUUUCUUACUGGGUGAUCUGGUCAUAGGUAAAAUUGGUUUUUGUUUUGUUUAAAGGUUCCCUCGAGCAGUAUGAAAUGAGAAUUAAGUGAAAUGACAGUGUCUGAACUCUAAAUCCUGUUAGAAAGCAGUGUUUAGAUUUAUUUUUUUUAGAGCUUAAAAAAAUGUUCUAAUGCACUGCAUAUUCUCCUCAGCCUGGCCUUUUAUUUAAAACCUGCAGUGCUAAUAUUGGUAACUUGCUCCUGCAAGGCAAUUUUUCUCCUUAGUGAUGUAGUAAUGAUCACCCGUCCUCCUUCCCACUCCACCCCCUUCUGGUGCUACUGAACUGUUUACAUGGGAGCAGCCUUUUUAUUACCUGUUCAGAAGACACUUCUCUCCAACUCAGCCCUGGUCUGAGACAUUUGGUACAAGCCCUGCCCUGCUGUCCUCAUCAGUUGUGACUCUGAAAACUUUAUAACUUAUUCUCCACUCUCCUGUAUUACAUGGUAUACAGGUAGCAUUUUCAAUGUGAAUCCAAAGCUUGUCCGGUCCUCUACAUUUGUUUUGCCUUUUUAUGUCCCCCCCCCCCCAUUGUGAUAAUACUGUAUUUAAAAAGGAUAUUUAAGUGUAAAAAUAAAGAAAUGCUUGAACUUGCCAA